UAUUCUCUGAAAAGUGUAUCUCCUCUCUCGCCUCUCUCUACUCCUCUAAUAAAAUUCACUUUGCUAGGGUUUUCGAUUUUGUGUAUUUCACAAUUCACAAAACCCAAAAAUCUGGGUUAAACAAUUUGGUUAUGGAUUCUCGAGAUUCGUUAUCAUCCGACGCCGCUAGAGAUUCGUCGUCACUCUCCGAAGACGCAGCUGUUCUCUCUGUUACCUCUGCACUCGCUAAAACCGCUCUUUCCUAUUUCCAAUCUGGAAAAUUCGAAGAGUGUUUCGACAUUUUGAUUCAGCUUGAUCAAAAGAAACAUAACGAUCCCAAGGUUCUACACAAUAUGGCAAUUGCUGAGUAUUUCAAGGAUGGUUGCUCGAAUUCCGAGAAACUGUUGCAAGGGCUUAACCGUGUCAAGAAACAGAGUGAAGAACUUGCUUCUGCAGCAAGAGACCAAUUGGAAGCUGCAAACCCUGGAACUAACGCAUCUGUGCCAAAGGAUCAUUUUGAUAGUACAGUAACAACUCUCAACAUUGCAGUUACCUGGUUUCAUCUGCAUGACUAUUCAAAAUCUUUUUCCAUUCUAGAACCCUUGUUUCAAAAUAUUCAGCGGCUAGACGAGACAAUCGCACUUCAAAUCUGCUUCUUGUUGCUGGAUAUUGCACUGGCUUGUCGUGAUGCUGUAAAUUUUUUGGCUGUGUUUGACUAUAUGGAGAAAGCUUUUGGUGUUGGUUUUGGAAGUCACGAAGAAAAUGGAAGCACAAUGCAACUUUCUUCAAAUCAGGUUUCCAAGACAUCUUCUCUCCUGAGCAGCUCGGUGGCGUCAGAUACUUUGAAGUCCGAGUUAACAGCCGCUGAAAGUAGUCUGUGUGAGGAAACUCUAGACUAUGACAAUGUGCUAGCAGAAUUUGAGGCAGAGAAACGAAUGAAGCCAGUUGGCCAUAUUCCGGCAAACAAUCUUCUCAAGACAUUAAGCGAAAGGACGUUCUCGAAUGCUGAUCUGAAGCUUGAGUUGCAGCUUUACAAGGUCAGGUUUUUGCUUCUUACCAGAAACUUGAAAAUGGCGAAGCGUGAAGUCAAACAUGCAAUGAACAUUGCUCAAAAAAGGGACUCUUCUAUGGCUCUCCUCUUGAAAUCCCAGCUUGAGUAUGCUCAUGGGAAUCAUCCAAAGGCUAUAAAGCUUUUGGUUGUCUCCGGUAUUCAUAAAGAAGCAGGGACUUCAGGAAUCUUCAAAAACAACCUUGGUUGCAUAUACUAUCAGCUUGGAAAUUAUCAAGCUUCCUCUGUGUUAUUCUUAAAAGCUCUAAGGAGCUGUUCAUCACUUAGAAGAAACGAGAAACCAGUGAAGCCGUUUUCUCUCUCACAGGAUAAGUCUUUGUUGAUCAUAUACAACUGCGGGUUGGUUUAUUUGGCUUUGGGGAAGCCUCUACUUGCUGCUCAAUGUUUCCAGAAGGCAAGCGUAGUUUUCUGGAGACAACCCCUCAUUUGGCUCCGUUUAGCUGAAUGCUGUAUGAUGGCUUUACGAAAGGGUCUUUUGGAAGAGCGAACCACUUCUUUGGAUAGAUCAGAAAUCAGAGUCAGUGUAGUUGGGAAAGGGAAUCGGAGACAACUUAUGAUUGAAGAAAAUGGAUAUGUUGAACUUGCUGGCAAUACUCAAUUGUCAAAGCUUUCAUUACCACUAGCUCGGGUCUGUCUCUCAAAUGGUAUAUAUCUGCUCAAUGAGUCUCUCUCGAAUGAUUCUAAAUCAGAUCUUGGAUCAACAUUCUCUGUGGGGAUGAAUGAGACCAAAGAAGCAUCAUCCUCUGAUCAUGAGGAAGCUAACACGAACUCAGACUUGAAAGAGGCAAAAGGAGGAAUGAGCCAGGACAUAAUUCAAAACUCACUCUCGGCUUUCAAGGAUAUGUGUAGUAAAGAAAAGCAGUUGAUGCAACAGGCUCUUUUUGCCAAUAUGGCAUACGUAGAAUUGGAGUUGGAGAAUCCUGUCAAAGCCUUGUCAGCUGCUACUUCACUCUUGCAACUUCCAGAUUGUUCAAAGAUUUAUGUUUUCCUAGGCCAUAUCUAUGCAGCUGAGGCCCUCUGCUUGCUCAAUCGACCGAUUGAAGCUGGCGCACAUUUAUCUGCCUAUUUAGUCGGACAGGAUGAUUUCAGACUGCCAUACGCGCAAGAAGACUUUGACCAGUGGUGGAAGCACACAAGCUCUGAUUGUGAAGAGACUUUGGAUCCGUCCACAGGAAAUGCCCGGGAAUCUGUUUUCCUUAAGCCAGAAGAAGCUCGUGGAGCACUUUUCGCAGACCUUGCUGCGCUGCUUGCCACACAAGGACAUCACGACCAGGCAAAACCUUUGAUUACACACGCAUUAACUCUCUUACCGAACAAUGUACAAGCUACAGUUACAGCAGUCUACAUCGAUCUCAUGUUGGGUAGGUCGCAAGAUGCCCUUGCUCGGUUAAAACAGUGUACCCGUGUGAGCUUUGUUCCAGGCAGACUGGAAGUGAGAGCCUCAUAGAAGAUUUGUACUCUAAUCGGUAUGGUUUGUUUUUUUUUUAAAUUCAAGCUUUAGAAAUUAGUUGGUUCUAUAAAUAUCAGAGAAUAAGCUUUUGUACAAGUUUUUUUUUUUUUUUUGUUUCAUUUUUAAUUUCUUUUAUUAGUACUGUGGGAUGAUAUUUGCAUUCUUGACUUAGAUUUUGGGUCGUCUGAGGGUUAGUCGAUUUCUUGUUCAGGAACAAGAUAAGAUUGGUAGAAAAAAACACAAGUUUUUGUACUUUGUUUUAAAUCUUGUUUCAGAACAGACCCUUUAAAUUCAAUUUACCUUGGUUUAUUUUAUUU